AUGCUUUCGGGACUCAGAAGGCGCAAAGAGGACCAAUCGGAAGACGAUCUGAACAACCGGCAAAAUCCGGUGUUUGAUGCGAUGGAGGAGGAUGACGACUUGAGUGACUCCCAGUCGGAGGAACACGAGAAGAAAAAGAGCAGAAGACCGAAAGAAAACGCUUUUACGCAACAGAAGCUCAAGGCAUACCAUCCUAUCCUCACGCCGAAAACUGUGAUUCCGCUACUUCUUGUGAUCGCCAUAAUAUUUGUUCCCAUCGGUGGUGGAAUGUUGUACGGAUCACAUCAUGUGCAAGAAUUUGUGAUUGAUUACAGUGACUGUAGGACACUGGCAAGUCGUGAUUACUUUAGCGAAAUCCCUGAGAAAAAUUACAAAUUCCAGUUCAAAAAGGACAUCACAAUAAGGCCUCAGUGGAAAUUGGCUACCAACGAAUCUUCAUACUGGAACGGGUUCGACGAAGAACGUGACAUAUGCCAAAUACAGUUCCAAAUACCAAACGACAUUGGCCCUCAUGUCUUCUUCUUCUAUCGUUUGAAGAAUUUCCAUGCGAACCACAGAAGAUACGUGAAAAGCUUCAGUGAGGACCAGCUUAAUGGAAAAGCCGCCUCCGUUUCCACUAUUAAAGACACUGUGGGACAAAACUGCCAGCCUUUGUCGGUUAACAAGGAAGGUAAAAAAUACUAUCCUUGUGGAUUGAUUGCCAACUCCUUGUUCAAUGACACCUUUUCCACUUUUUCCGCUGUUAACGGUACGACGGACGACUACAUGCUCUACAGAAAAGGCAUUGCCUGGUCUACGAACAAAAAUCGCUUCAAGAAGACGAAAUAUAAUGCCUCUGAAAUCGUUCCUCCGCCAAACUGGUAUAAAAUGUAUCCGGAGGGCUACAAUGAUACCAACCUGCCAGACAUAAGCGAGUGGUACGAAUUUCAGAACUGGAUGCAGCCUUCGGCUCUUCCACUCUUCUCCAAGAUGAUUUCCAGGAACGACCACGAUGUGCUUCAUGAGGGUACAUACCAGGUUGAUGUGGGCUACCAUUUUCCAGUUACUCCUUAUAAGGGCAAAAAAUACCUGUAUUUGUCGACGAGAAGCGUGAUUGGAGGCAAGAACUCCUUUUUGGGAGUUAGCUGGAUUGUGGCAGGAGGUAUAUGUUUUGUUCUUUCCCUCAUUUUCUUGAUUGUGAAUGUUGUUCAUCCCCGGAAGUCAGGCGAUAUGAGCCUGUUGUCAUGGAAUAAAGGAUGA